GACAAUGCCAACCAGCUUUGCUUAUAAUGCAAAAUGUAGGAAACGUUACUCCAGAGCAAAAUACACCUCAAACUGAAAACCAUAUACCUAAAAACGAUAAAGAAUGGUAUGAUUUAAUGGAAAUAGAUAACAAAAAAGAUAGCGAACCAAGUGAUUCAGAAUAUGAUACUGCUGAAGAAGAACCAGAUAUUCAUUUCGAAAAAAUCAAGGAUCCAUACAUUAAUAGAAUAGCAGAAGCCAGAAAAUUUAAUGAAGGUGAGGGUGAGCCAUUAGCUUUCUUCGAAUCAAUCGAAGAAAAAAUUGCAGAUAUUUAUAAAAAAGAGUUAGCUUUAAAAGGUGAAUUAAAACAUGAAACAAUAGAAAUUAUUAGAGAAGAUCGAAUUAAUGCAACAAUAGAAAAAGGAUAUAACGAAAUUAUAGAUCAAAUAGAAGAUGAGGCAUUGCAAGAAUCAGGAUACUAUUUAUAUUUACCAGAAGCUUUGGAUAAACCUCAACUAGGAUUAAUUAAUCCUCAAAAUAGAGAUGAUAAUGAAUCAACAUUACAUGAUAUUGAUAAAUUCAAGGAGAUUAAUCAAAAUUAUGCUAUCAAUAUAUUUAGACCAGUUUUUAGUGAAGCUUUUGGAAAAAUAAAAGUAGAUAUAGACCCAUUAUAUAUUUUAGAACGAAAUUACCAGGUAGAACAUAUGAUAGAUUUAUUAUAUUUAACAGAAGAUUUAUUAGAGAAGCAUAUUCCAACAUGUCCAGAACCAAAUAAAGCACCACAACAAUUAAUUCUUCCUGAAGAGGCGGAACAAAAAGCAGUUUCAUAUGGAUAUACAAUACAUUGUUCAGAUAGAACUAUACAAAAACCAGUAAUUAAUCGAAAGUCAGAAAAUAUAAUAAAAGAUUUAAUAAAAAACCUUCAAGAAGAUUUAGAUGUUAUUUUAGAUAAGCUUUGCAUUCCAGUUCCAUGUAAAUUACAUGAAGCUAGAUAUAAUAAAAUUUGCAUAUUCGAUCCUGAAACUAAGAAAUAUUUAGGAGUAGGGCAUAGGAAAUGUCACGGAAAAAAACUAAUGAUUCAAGGUAAGUUGGAUGAUGAACAAAAGAAAGCACAUGGUGCUUGUAAAAAAUCUAAAGUGACAGAUGAAAAAAUAGUGCCCAUAGCAAAUAAUUCUAAACAAUAUAUCACUUUCUCAGUUGGGCAACUUCAAUUUAUAGAUAGUAUGAAAUUUUCAUUACCGGGUUUAGCUAAAAUGGCAGAAAAUUUACAAGAUGAAAAAAAGGGGAAAAACAAAACACCAGAACAACUAGCCAAAUGUUUUCCAAUUAUGUCAAAAUUUAUCUCACUUUAUUUAUUAUCAUUGCUUACGCGUAAAGGAAUUUUUCCAUAUCAAUGGUUAAAUAAUAAAACAAAAUUUAAUAAGACACAGCUCCCACUAUGUAAAGAUUUUAAUAGUGAUUUAGAUGGGUUUAAUUACUGUGAUCAUAAUUGUAGAAUAGAAAAAUAUAAGCAUGGAGAGAAGAUAGGGAAAUGCAAACAUAAAUGUCAGAAAUGUAAACAUAAAAAAGAACCAGUAAAAAAUCUUCUAGAAGAUCAGUGGAUAAUCAAUGAAGGUAAACAUGUCUUAAAAAAUACAAAAGUUAUAGAUAAGUGGAAGGACGAAAAUGGAGGAGAUCGUGCUAUUGGCUAUGCUGAAGUUUGUGCAAAAUGCUAUAGUGUUAUAUGUGAAAAUUCACGAAAAAAUAUGAUAAAAGCAAAGGGUCUUAAAAAAGCACUUAUCAAGAGAGAGCUCACACAUAAAAUAUUCGAAAACUGUGUUUUAGAGGGAAAAGAGGAUCAACCAUGA